GCCGGCGGGGGAGGGUGCUCCGGCCCCCGUGGGGUGUGUGUGCGCGCACGUGUGCGCCGUGUCACGCUUCUCAUCUCUCCGCGCUGUCUCCGGCUGCGCGUGUGUGUCCCCGGCCGUGGCCGUCCCUGUCUCCGGGAGGGAAAGCCGGCCCAGGUGGCGAGCGGCGGGGGAGGCAGCCAGGUUUCUCCCGUUGCAUCGCCAUGGAUGUGGCCGGGAAGGAAGUCUGGCUCCCGCCGCGCGGCGUGGCCUGGGUGCCCCUGCGGAAAAAGGAUGAUAUUAACAGUGUUCCUGAGCAACAAUGAACAGAUUUUGACAGAAGUUCCAAUCACACCUGAAACAACAUGUCGAGAUGUAGUAGAAUUUUGCAAAGAACCUGGAGAAGGAAGUUGUCAUUUGGCAGAGGUUUGGCGUGGAAAUGAACGUCCUAUCCCCUUUGAUCAUAUGAUGUAUGAACAUCUACAAAAGUGGGGGCCCCGAAGAGAAGAAGUAAAAUUUUUCCUCCGUCAUGAGGAUUCCCCAACUGAGAGCAAUGAACAAGGUGGCCGUCAGAUCCAAGAUCAAAGAAAUCAAAGAAAUGGAAUAAGUACAUCUGCAGAGAAACAUACUGAAAAUGGGGUUGGGAAUCCCCGGGUUGAACUUACACUUUCAGAACUCCAGGAUAUGGCUGCUCGGCAGCAGCAGCAAAUUGAAAACCAGCAGCAGAUGUUGGUUGCCAAGGAGCAACGUUUGCAUUUUCUAAAGCAACAAGAACGUCGCCAGCAGCAGUCUAUUUCUGAAAAUGAAAAGCUUCAGAAACUUAAAGAAAGAGUUGAGGCCCAGGAGAAUAAACUGAAGAAAAUCCGUGCUAUGAGAGGUCAAGUGGACUAUAGCAAAAUCAUGAAUGGCAAUCUGUCUGCUGAAAUUGAAAGGUUCAGUGCCAUGUUCCAGGAAAAGAAGCAGGAAGUACAAACUGCAAUUCUAAGAGUGGAUCAGCUCAGUCAACAGUUGGAGGAUUUAAAGAAAGGGAAACUCAAUGGAUUUCAGUCAUAUAAUGGCAGAUUGAGUGGCCCUGCUGCAGUGGAAUUGAAAAGAUUAUACCAAGAGCUUCAGAUUCGGAAUCAGCUUAAUCAGGAACAGAAUUCGAAACUUCAGCAGCAGAAGGAACUUUUAAAUAAACGUAAUAUGGAGGUUGCUAUGAUGGACAAACGAAUCAAUGAACUGCGUGAGCGUCUUUAUGGAAAAAAAAUUCAGGCACGUCAAAAAGAAAACAUUCCUUUAAAUCGGGUUAAUGGAACAUCAUCACCACAGUCAUCCUUGAGUGCAUCUGGAAGAAUAGCAGCAGUGGGGCCUUAUAUACAAGUUCCUAGUGCUGGAAACUAUUCUGUACCAGGUGACCCAGUAAAGCCACAGUCUCUUACUAUUGCUUCAAAUGCAGGUCAUGGAAGAUCUAAGUCUGAUGGUCAUAGUAAACACCAGGGGCCUAGUUCAUGGACAGUGUCAGAUCUUGAUGUUGGACCUGACUACAGCUCUUCGCAUCAUUCUGCAAACUCUGCAAUGCAGUUUGUAAACUCUAAUGAUGGAAACUGGUCAGCAUCAAAACAAAACUCAAACUCUUCAGUAAAACCAGUUCAAACAGCUAAUGUGGAAUGGAAGGAAUCAAGCAUGGAUGGGGCUUUCAAGCAAGUAACAAUAUCAAGCCAACCUCUCCCCUUAUCAGCAGUAGCAAGCACUGAAAAGCUGGGCAUUGAUAUUGGAAAAGCAUCACCCUCUAUUCCGGGUACAAGUAAACAGUUGCCUCCGAACUAUGGAACCUAUCCAAGCCCUGUUCCUUUGGGGCCAGGCUCCACAAAUUCUUUGGAACGGAGAAAAGAUGGCAGCCUCCCCAGAUCUGGCACAGGCGUAACGAAUUGGCAGAAACCUGCUCCUCUACCCUCUUCAAGCAACAUACACCAGCCUAGUUCUUCACAACAGAUUCAGCAGAGGAUUUCUGUACCUCCAAGUCCUACAUAUCAGCCAACUGGUCCUCCAUUAUUUCCAUCUGGAGAUGGCAGGCCUGAUCUCCCAUUGACUGUGGCUAUUAGACCAUUCUUGGCUGACAAAGGAUCAAGGCCUCAGUCUCCCAGAAAAGGACCUCAGACAGUGAACUCAAGUUCCAUUUAUUCCAUGUACCUUCAGCAAGCUACACCUCCUAAGAAUUAUCAACAGGCUGUGUAUAAUACUCUAAAUAAGUCCGUUAAAGCAGUUUAUGGGAAGCCUGUCUUGCCAUCUGGCUCCACUUCUCCUUCACCGUUGCCAUUUCUUUAUGGGCCUUUGUCUUCAAACACAUCACAGCCACAGCCUCCUUCUGAACUUACUGAGAAAGAUCAGGAACAAGAAAAUGUCCCACCAUCUGGCGAAAACAGUAAUGUGGAAAACAUCCCUCGGCCCCUUAGUCCCACCAAACUCACCCCUAUUGUCCAUUCACCUCUUCGAUACCAGAGUGAUGCGGAUCUGGAAGCUCUGAGAAGGAAACUGGCUAAUGCCCCUAGACCCUUAAAAAAACGCAGUUCCAUCACAGAGCCAGAAGGUCCUAGUGGACCAAAUAUCCAGAAAUUGCUGUAUCAGCGCUUUAACACCCUCGCUGGUGGGAUGGAAAGUGCACCUUUUUAUCAACCGAGCAACUCACAAGACUUCAUAGGCACCUUGGCAGAUGUUGAUAAUGGGAAUACAAAUACCAAUGGAAAUCUAGAAGAACCUGUUCCUGCACAGCCUACAGCUCCUCCCCCUGAAGAACCUCCGCCAUCAUCAGAUGCCAAUGAUAACGAAUUGCCAUCCCCUGAAACUGAGGAACUGAUUAGCACUGAAACUAUCAACCAGGGCCCCGAGACUGAGGAAGAUAACAACAACAACGUGACAGUGUUCCCAGCAGGUGAACAGGAGCCACGCCCCACUGGGGAGGCCAGCUCUCCCAGAGAAGAAGAGGCUCCUCCUCCCCUGGUACCUCCCCCAGCUGGUCUUCUGGUCCCUGUGACAACGAUGCAAAUUAAACGUACUAACCUGAAGAAACCAAAUUCUGAACGGACUGGUCAUGGACUGAGAGUAAAGUUUAAUCCUUUGGCUUUGCUCUUGGAUGCAUCUUUGGAAGGGGAAUUUGAUCUGGUGCAAAGGAUAAUCUAUGAGGUAGAAGAUCCCAGCAAGCCUAAUGAUGAAGGCAUCACUCCUUUACAUAAUGCAGUGUGUGCUGGCCACCACCACAUUGUCAAGUUCCUGCUUGAUUUUGGUGUUAAUGUGAAUGCAGCUGACAGUGACGGAUGGACGCCUCUACACUGUGCAGCUUCAUGCAACAGUGUCCACCUUUGCAAACAGCUGGUGGAAAGUGGAGCAGCAAUUUUUGCUUCAACUAUCAGUGACAUCGAAACUGCAGCUGACAAGUGUGAAGAGAUGGAAGAAGGCUAUAUUCAGUGCUCCCAGUUUUUGUAUGGUGUCCAGGAAAAGUUGGGUGUGAUGAACAAAGGAGUGGUAUAUGCACUUUGGGAUUAUGAAGCUCAGAACAGUGAUGAGUUGUCAUUCCAUGAAGGGGAUGCCAUAACUAUCCUGAGGCGUAAAGAUGACAAUGAAACUGAAUGGUGGUGGGCUCGCCUUGGGGAAAGAGAAGGUUAUGUGCCUAAAAACCUACUAGGGUUAUAUCCACGAAUCAAACCUAGACAGCGAACCUUAGCUUGAACCUAGGGAGCAGUGCUGUUUUGCCAUUGCCAGAAGUCACUGAAGACCUAUCCUAUCAAGAGAAUUGAAGUUGGAGAACUCUCAUUUUAAUGGUGCUCUCAUUAGCAGAAGAAACAUCUGCAGUUUGUAAGUGAGGCCCUUCCUUCUAAAUCUGCCAGCAUCCAUGCAUGGUACUUAUAUGUCCACUAAUUCUGUAUUUUGCCAAUUACAUCAUGUCAAAAUAAAAGGCCUUCAAAAUGAUCACCCCCUGUUGCCAAUAGAAAUCCCAUAAAGUAGUUAGUUGCCAAAAUUAAAUCAUAUACAUGUAAAGAAUUUCUUAGAUCAUAAAGUGUUCUAGAAAUAUCAGGUGAUAGUCAUUACUCAGAACUGAGAAAAGGCAUUUGUGUACCCUCGGCAUGAUUGGAAAAUUGCCCUAGGGGCUUUGAGGCCAACACAUUUGGCUUUAUUUAUAACAAUUGAUUCCUUCAAAGCCAUUGAAAAUGGAGUUUUGGGCAUUCAAAGAGUGGUUAUGAAGUCUUAAAGUUCCCUAUAGCUUCAUGUGUUGUGCUUCUAAGCCCUAAUUAGUCCCCAUUUUGCUUAAUUCUAAUGCCAGUAAAUAAUUUUUUAAAUUUUUAAACACAUUCUUUCCAACUACAUAAGACAGAUUCCUGCAAACUAUUUGCCAAGUCAGAAGCUCUCUAUUGUAAAAACACUUUCCCUGUUUCCUUUUUCUCUCCCUACUACUCCCAUCAUGUCUUUAUUUACCAAAGGAUUUUUUUAUGGGAAUUUGUCAGUGUUAAUUACAAAAUGCAGGGUGUUCUGUCUUAGGUCUAGAUUUUGAUAUCCUAUUUUCAUUUUUGUUGUGGGUCUGCCAGAGGAUGUCAUUCAUUUCCAUUGUUGAUUUAAGUCUUUGUACUUCUUUGAGACCUCUGGUAUAAAGGAGCUUUAAAAAAAAAAAAAAGUUUAAAUGUAUGAUUUAAUUUAUUUGAAGAGCCUAACCUAAAUAAGUUCCCUCACUUCCUGAGUUGACCAAGUUUAUUUAUAAAACCUUCACUGAUUUAUAUGUGUUUCUUAAUACUAAAAGUUUAAAUUUGUUCUAAAACCUAAAAGCAGUCAGUAACACUGGAACUAAAGUCAAAUUAAGUUGAGGUUUAAAUAGAUGGGAAUAAAAAAGUUGAGCCAGAGUCAAGAGUUUGUGUAAGUGACUAAGGGAUGCUGUGAUAGUUGAAGGAGUGGACUAACACUGGGAAUGUAACUCAGUGGCAGCAUUAUAGUGAAAAAAGGAAAUGAAUCUGAGAUGGAAAUUCUAGACAAGGGUAAAAAGAUGGGUGCAUUGAGCCAGGAGGAUAGUUGCUAUGGUUCUCGGUAGUCUUGUAUCUAAAAUGGGCCAGUUAUGCAAUAAUAUUGUCCCCUAUUUUGUAGGUAAGAAAGAGGAAACUAAAGCACUUCACUGGAAUUUGAAUUAUAUUGUAUAUGCUUUUGUAUACCAAAAGUAUUUUUUUUAUUUUAUCUUUUGAGUUGUAGCCAUGUUAAAAAUGUUUCUCAUUAAAGUGUAGGAUUUUUUUCCAUGUAUGUCUUAUGUAUAAUUUAUAUAUGUAUAUCUCUAUAUAUAUCUCUAUAUAAAAAGUCAAUGCAGUGCUGUAACUGAGUACAUUUUAGCAUUUACUUGUGUGUGUGUGUGUAUAUAUAUAUAUAUACAUAUAUAUAUAUUGUGGUGAUGGAAAGUAAAAGGAUAUUGUUCAAAAAAACUUGCUGUAUGAAUGUGACAGAAUCACUAUUUCUAAGAGCUUUGAUAAUUAAUGCGAAUUCUGAUGUAAAUGUGCACAAAUAAACUAUGGUUAUCCCUGA